GGGUGAGAGACUGUUCUCUCUCACAAGAGUCUGCUUGUAUGUGUGUGAAUGUGGGGACCUGGUUGAGGAGUCUGUGUGUGUGUGUGUGAUUAUGAGACGAGUGUGAGUUUGCUUUUGGAAUGCGCCCUUUGGUGGGAGUAUGUGAGAAGUGGGUCUUGUGAAAGGCCGUGCGAGUGUGAAGGUCCCCAGAAGUGAGCAUGUGUGGACCUGUGAAGACUCCUGCAAGUGUGGCUUCAUCCUUUCUGUUCCUGGGCCCGUAUUCCUCAGUAUGCUCUUGAAUAAUAGAAUACCAAGAGUCCCUUCAGCAGCUGGAGAAAACUAGGAGGGGAGGAGUAGCAUGCUUAUGUUUGGGGAUGCCGGGGAGGGUUGAGAGUUGCCUGUGGGCUGAGGUUACCCUGCCUCCUGGCCUAGGUGGGCGCUUGGCUUGCCAAGCCUCUCUCAGUUUCCCAAGAGGAGAACCUGCUGUCAGUUAACUGGCCCUGGAGACUCUGUUCCCAUGGUGACAGCUGGGGGCCCUUUUCCUGGGCAGCCCUCUUUGGACUCUGUCCCGCUCCCCUCCUUGGCUGAGCCUGGAAGCCUAGCCCAGGCCCAGUGUUGGGCAACCCAUGUGGCAGGGAGCCUCCCUGUGACCCUGAUGGUCUUUCCCGCAGGUGACCAGCGCCAUGUCCAGCCAGGUGGUGGGCAUUGAGCCUCUCUACAUCAAGGCAGAGCCAGCCAGCCCUGACAGUCCAAAGGGUUCCUCAGAGACCGAGACUGAACCCCCUGUGACCCUGGCCCCGGGUCCAGCUCCAGCCCGCUGCCACUCAGGGCACAAGGAGGAGGAGGAUGGGGAGGGGCCUGGGCCUGGGGAACAGGGUGGUGGGAAGCUGGUGCUCAGCUCCCUGCCCAAACGCCUCUGCCUGGUCUGUGGGGACGUGGCCUCCGGCUACCACUAUGGUGUGGCAUCCUGUGAGGCCUGCAAAGCCUUCUUCAAGAGGACCAUCCAGGGGAGCAUCGAGUACAGCUGUCCAGCCUCCAACGAGUGUGAGAUCACCAAGCGGAGACGCAAGGCCUGUCAGGCCUGCCGCUUCACCAAGUGCCUGCGGGUGGGCAUGCUCAAGGAGGGGGUGCGUUUGGACCGUGUCCGGGGCGGGCGACAGAAGUACAAACGGCGGCCAGAAGUGGACCCGUUGCCUUUCCCAGGCCCCUUCCCUGCUGGCCCUCUGGCAGUAGCUGGAGGCCCCCGGAAGACAGCCCCUGUGAAUGCCCUGGUGUCUCAUCUAUUGGUGGUUGAGCCCGAGAAGCUGUACGCCAUGCCCGACCCAGCAGGCCCUGAUGGACACCUCCCUGCUGUGGCCACCCUCUGUGACCUCUUUGACCGGGAGAUAGUGGUCACCAUCAGCUGGGCCAAGAGUAUCCCAGGUUUCUCGUCACUGUCGCUGUCUGACCAGAUGUCAGUCCUGCAAAGUGUGUGGAUGGAAGUGCUAGUGCUGGGUGUGGCCCAGCGUUCACUGCCACUGCAGGAUGAGCUGGCCUUUGCUGAGGAUCUGGUCCUGGAUGAAGAGGGGGCACGGGCAGCAGGCCUUGGGGAGCUGGGGGCAGCCCUGCUGCAGCUGGUACGGCGACUACAGGCCCUAAGGCUGGAGCGAGAGGAGUAUGUCCUGUUGAAGGCCCUGGCCCUUGCCAAUUCUGACUCUGUGCACAUUGAAGAUGCUGAGGCAGUGGAGCAGCUGCGAGAAGCCCUGCACGAGGCCCUGCUGGAGUACGAAGCUGGCCGGGCUGGCCCUGGUGGGGGUGCAGAGCGGAGGCGCGCUGGGAGGCUGUUGCUCACACUACCACUCCUCCGCCAGACAGCGGGCAAAGUCCUGGCCCAUUUCUAUGGGGUGAAGCUGGAGGGCAAAGUGCCCAUGCACAAGCUGUUUUUGGAAAUGCUUGAGGCCAUGAUGGACUGAAGCAAGGGGUGGGAUGGGGUAGGGGUGCUGGCAGGAUCUGCCCAGCAUGGGGUAAGCCCCAAGGGGGCAGAGCUGGAGUCUGGGCAGUGCCACAGCCUGCUGGCAGGGCCAGGGCAAUGCCAUCCACCCCUGGGAGCAGGUGUCAUGCUGUCCCCUCUCCCCUCUGGGGGUUUCAGAAGCUGGGAACGUGAAAUGCCCAGGUUUGGGCACAGUGCUGCCCCUUGCAAGCCAUAAUGUUGCCCCCACGAGUGUCAGGGGGCCUUGCGGAAGCCAUAGAGGGCUGCAGGGGAUGUGUGGGAGGCAGAAACUGAUCUCAGGGAGGGAAGGGGAUGGAAGCCAGUCUCCCUGUGGGUGAUGUUUUUGCUGCUGCUUAAUCCGACUCUUCUCUCGCUAGCAGAGAGGGACUUGGAGAGCAAAGGCCCCUGCCCCCUUCACUCCUCUCUUUGCAUUGGGCAUUAGUGCCCCCCCUUGAAGCAAUAACUCCAAGCAGGCUCCAGCUCCUGGACCCCUGGGGUGGCUAGGGCCCCCCAUCAGCUCGCACCCAGCCUCUCAGGCAGUGGGGGAGAGCACUGCCCCUACGCCCUGCAGAGCAAUAACACUAUAUUUAUUUUUGGGUUUGGCCAGGGAGUCGCGGGGACUUGGGGCAAGCUGGGGCCCAGAACCCUUGGCUGUACAGAGACUCUAUUUUAAUGUAUAUUUGCUGCAAAGAGAAACCGCUUUUGGUUUUGAACCUUUAAUGAGAAAAAAAAAAUAUACUAUGGAGCUCAAGAACACUGUA